AUGUGGUCGUAUGGAGAGAAACCAAUCCUCAGAACAAAUCUACGGAAGCGUGGCUCACAGUCUUCCACUUCCUCUCAGCGACGUCUACCACCGAAGAGCGAUCCAUUCCAAAAAUGCUCAAUGUGCUCAAACGAUAUUACUGGCUUCCUUCAGCGUAGCGAGACAACCAGUGCUCAUUCAGUUGUACUAUCUUGCGCCCAUGUCGUGUGUGAUGAAUGUUUUAAAAAAUUGGGCUUAACAUCGUUUCAAGCAGAAAAACGCGGGUACGUUAAGUGCGUGCUUUGCCGAUCGACAGUGACUUUUGCAAUACUUCCAACGUUGGACGAUGUUGGACCAUCAACCUCAUGCAACAGUUGUGCUCAGGCAGCCGGUUAUGAAUGCAAGCAGUGCUGUAUGAAGUGGGUUUUCCAUUUCUUUUCUGUAUUUGAGCCGAAUACCCAUCAAGACAGCUUUUUUAGAGUUUUCGUUUUCUUGCCAUUUGCUUUUUCUUACCCUGCACAUUAUAUGGAUAGGCUUGAAAUUGGCAAACCGAUGGGCGCCAAGUGUAGUCGUCCAUGGCAGUCUUAUGACCGUCUUUAUACUUGGCGCAAACCGAUGAGCAAAAGGCGUGGGCGACGAUCCGCGCGAUCGAUGGCUUAUACUAGGACUCAAUGCGCUUAA